AUGGCGUCCACCGUGUCCAGCGUCGCGUUCGCCAGCGUCGGCAGCGCGCGGCUCCCCACGUGGCACUCCGCCUCCACAUUCAGGUUCCUGAACCUCACCUCCGCCGUCGGGAUCACGAUGCCCGCCCGAUCAAUGCGCGCGCGGAGCUUCUUGAGGAAGCGCUCGUUGUCCUCCUCGGCGACCCGGAAGACGCUCUCCACGAAGGCCUGCCGCUGCGGGCCCUCCAGCAUGCGCACGUCCACCUCCUCGUGCGCGAACCGCCGCCGCCCGGCCUGGGCCUCCGACCGCAGGAUGCCCGUGCGCAGCCGCUCGAACGACGGCAGCCGCUCCAGCGCCGCCCACCGCAGCGCCUCCUCAUCGUCGCUCUCCCCUGCCCCGCUCCGCCGCCGGGAGGACCCGCCCGAGAAGUACACGCUCACGUCCGGGCUCACGCUCUGCAGGCUGCGGCUGAUCAUCUCCAUGGCGCCCGUGCAUGCGCGCGUCUGCGGUGCUUCGAUGUCGCCUGUGGCGGCAGGAUUCUUCGACGGGACCAAACGAGCGCAUGAGAGCCAAAUGGUGAAGGGCGGGCAUCUUGGUGUCCCAGUCGCAUAUUGGUGCCACUCUGAUUGGAGCUGGGCGUCGGCGUCGUCUCUGAAGCGUUCAAUGAUUUGGGCGAAAGGUGACAUUACCAUUGCCUGGGCUAAUUAG